GUUUACUUGUGUUUAGCGUGUUACCGAUAACACCACCGUGUGCGAUUGCCGUUUGGCCGUGUUAUCAGCUGUUCUUGCUCGACAAAGGAUCGCAUUGAGAAAAUCAAGAUCGCAGGUGGACAACCGCAACCGCGCAAUGUCAGCGUACGAAUUCGACGUCCUGGUGUUUGGUUCGUGCAUAGUGGAUUUCAUAAGCUAUGUUCCCCGGUUGCCGAAGGCCGGUGAAACAUUGCACGGUACCCGGUUCGCCACCGGGAACGGUGGUAAGGGCGCGAACCAGUGUGUGGCCGCGGCCCGACUCGGUAGCCGAGCGGCCAUCGUCGGCAAGCUGGGGGAUGAUGUGUGGGGAGCAGCCUACCGCGAUGCGCUCGCGGCCGAAGGCAUCGUCGUGGAGAAUGUCGAAAUCGUCCCCGGUGAGAGUACCGGCAUCGCGCAGAUCAACGUUGCUGACAAUGGCGACAAUCAGAUUGUGAUCGUGACCGGUGCCAAUCGGUCCCUCGGAACGGCCGAUGUCGCCCCUCGCCAGGCACUGUUCCGUCAGGCACGGAUCCUGAUUUGCCAGCUUGAGACACCGCUGGAAGGAACGAUUGCGGCGCUCGGUGCCUUCGAAGGUAUUUCGAUACUGAAUGCGGCCCCGGCACCGGAUCAGGAUUUGCCCGGAUCGGUGCUCGCAUUGGCGACGAUUUUCUGCGUAAACGAAACCGAAGCCGCACAGCUGACGGGGAUGGCCGAAGUCAGCGACAUCGCGCAAGCGAAAGUGGCAGUGCUGCGCCUGAGAGAAAUGGGAUGCCGCACGGUGAUUAUAACGCUCGGCGAGAAAGGUGCAGUGUUUGCGGAGAAUGGCAGCACGCAGGUGUACCACGUGCCAACUACCAAGGUGACUAAGGUGGUCGAUACGACGGGAGCUGGGGAUGCGUUUAUUGGUGCGUUGGCUCACUUCAUGGCCCAAUCUCCUGACGCAGCGCUGGCCCGCUGCAUUUUUGCAGCUAACCACGUUGCAGCAUGGUCCGUUCAGAAGCCGGGAACACAGACCAGCUUUCCACGUUUGAGCGAGCUGGACCUUCCGGGUGACGGUGAUCUGGCGGCCCUGCCCGAGCAGUGGGAACUGGUGUGACGAAGCAUUUACAAGAUUACAAGCAUAGUCGGAACGAGCCAUACAGUUGUGCAUUACAGGAAAAAAAAUCGCCAGACGGGUUUUGUCUUUGUUGUCUAUUCACUAAACUAUACGUUACGGAACAUAAAGUUCUUUAUUGAAGUCGAUUGAAUUUGGUGCAAUCUAACAGGUCCAAAGCUUAGUCCAAACUAUAACGGAUGUCAAUGGUGACGGUGUCUAAAAUUACGGAUUAGAUCGUGAUUCCCAUCCCCGGGUGUAGAGUGUUGUCCUAUUUACAGACUGCAGACCGGAACCGCUGGGUGUGGUUUUGUUGUAGGUUUGUGUGUGUGUGUGUGCCUCCACACAUUACACCAAACGCUGUGACCAUCCGCGGUGUGAAUAGUACACGUAUCUGUAGAACAAAAUUACUGCCCGCUAUGCUUCGAAUUGAUAGAUUGAUAGUCCCCCUCGGCACAAAACGGCCCGUUUUGAGCAAGAGCACGUUGCGCUUAAAAAUCAUUUCAUUUUCAAUUUAAUCAUUUGUUGAACGAUAAGCGCAAAGGGGCUGCACGCUUUCUGAAACGAAUCAAGAAAAAAUUACAAAAUUUAAAUUUAAACAAUUUCACUCGCAAAUAAAUAUCAGUUCAGAAUCAAUGUGCAAGAAGAAAAUUAGGAAUCGACAUUGUUCCUCUAUUAUGCACGCGCGUAGGGUUACCAGCGUGGUCGCACGGGCAAGGUUGCUACAAGAUGGCGCACUUUUUGUUUGCAUUAUAAAUCCUAUUUGCCAUCAUUUAAUGAUGACAGACGCAUUGUAUAAUGCGUCGCGCGACAUCAUCAAAAAAACUGUAACUCAUCGAAAGAUUUCUAUUGUGACGUACUAAAACCAAGGUUGCUAGAUAGUUGUUUUAGGCUGCUAAGGUUGUUGGAUGAUUUCAAGCUUCCAUUUUCGAUGCUCUUGACCCAAUAAAUC